UGGUGGAGGGCUGCUGCUGCUGUUGAUGUGCAAAUGUGCAUCAUAUUGAAGGCUGGUGAAUAGGGAGGGUGUGACGUGGAAGCCGGAGUGGAGCGCAGGUGCUUAUCGCCGGGCUGUCACACACACACUGUGUCAUAUUCCUGGGGACUUUACCUUUCAAAAAGCUACAGCCUCCGCAAGCAUCGCUACAGCAGCAUCACGCCGGCCAGGGGACCACCAGCCCACUCCAACUUCCAACAGCCGCUCAAAGUAGAGGAUGCUUUUCACACCAAAGCCCUGAGGAGCCGAGAGAAAAGACAGAGCAGAGAGCACAGCAACUCACGGACUUUAUUGCCUUGUAAAGAAACAAAGAUGGAAUCUGAAGGCGACGAGAACCGCAUCGAACAGUGUAGUGGCGAUGCCAUUAUGGCUGACUGCGUCGCUGACACUCACAGUAGCCUGCACCUUUCCGCUGGGAGGAAGAGGAGCGCCGGUGAAGGCGCCAAUGGAGCGCCGGUUAACAAGAGGAAAUCUCUGCUGAUGAAGCCACGGCACUACAGCCCCAGCCCCAGCCCAAGCGAGGAGGACCGGGAGGAGGACCUGGCAACUGCUCAGGACAAAGACGCACCCAGGAACAUUGACACUCCAGCAGAUGAAGAUCUGGACUGUAGUGAUGUUCUUCUCAACCACAUUCACCCCGAUGCCAGAGCCAAGUCCCACAGUUCCCUAUCGUGCUCAGAACGCACCAGUGAAGGGUCACCUGCCCUACCUGCUCAGCUCUCUGACUCACAGAAUGAGUAUGAUGAGAAGCAGGUGGACCAAGACUUUGCUGAAAGAAGCCUGGACGGACUUGGUGACCCAUCUCCAGAAAAAGGCCCAGACAUUGACAUGGAGGAGGAAGGCGGAUGGACAAGUCCACCUCCUCUGUUGCUGGCCAAUGGCAUCCACUGCAGCCCCAGCCCUGUAGACGACGGCCUUCCCAGGAGACCCCGCAUGGGACACCAGGCCCUCUCCAUGUAUGUGAACCGAGGUGGCCUGCUGAUGGAGGAUUUCACCUACAGCAGAGAGCUGAGUGACAGUGAGGAUGAGCCGCAGGUGCCCAGGCUGGACGAAAGACUGGCCGGCUGGGGGCUGGGCCUGGCUGCCCGGCCACUGGAGCUGGACCGUGCGAGGCUCAACCUCAGUCUCCUGGAGCAGGCCAUGGCCCUGAAGUCUGAGCACAGGCAGGUCUUCCACAGCGCCUACAGGGACAUGGACCGUUUCUUCCUAGAACAGGUCAACCACGAGCGGAGGCAGCAGAGGUUGCUGGAGAUGGACCCUCGGGCCGCUUACCACAGCAGCAAAGAAUCUCCACGGACAGACAAGAAAGACAUCAAGUGCCCCACGCCAGGCUGUGACGGCACGGGUCACGUGACUGGACUGUACCCCCAUCACAGAAGCUUGUCUGGAUGCCCCCACAAAGUUCGAGUGCCUCCUGAGAUCCUAGCCAUGCAUGAAAAUGUGUUGAAGUGCCCGACCCCAGGCUGCACAGGAAGAGGUCAUGUCAAUAGUAACCGCAGCACCCACCGGAGUCUCUCAGGCUGCCCAAUCGCUGCAGCAGAAAAAGUCUGUAAACCACAAGACGACCUGUCCAAAUGUAGGCAGACUUCAGACAGGAUGGCAAGACCGUUGGUUCAGAUGAAGAAGUUUGAUUUCAGUCAGCUGGCCUAUCGGUUUGCUCAUCCUGUGGCUGCCUUGCAGGCUGGCAUGGCCAAAGAGAUGGACAAGUUCAGCAAGGGCCAUUUCGACUAUGCCAGUUUUGAUGCUCAGGUGUUCGGCAAGCAAGCACAAAUGGUACCAGAUCAGAGCCAAGAGGCCUCGCAUCUCCCUGACUCUGCUUCACAAUUUCCCUGUUUUCUGGGUCCGGGUAGUCGUGUGGCCAUGCCUGGGGUCCACAGCCCUGGACACCCUAAAGCCCCAAGCAGCGCCCUCCAGUCCAGCACAGCCGCUGCCGCCAUCCUGAACCUCUCUACCCGUUACCGGGACAACGGCGAGGCCCAUCCUACCGCCCGGCCCCUGGCACAGUCCACAAAGGACUCCAUGAUUGAGGUAGAUGAGAAUGGUACUCUGGACCUUAGCAUGAAGAAGAAGAAGGAGAAGACUGUGGAAUCUCCAGUCAUGCCUGCUUUAGACGAAGCGGUCUUCACUUCUCCCGAGUCGUCCCUAGCCAAAGCAGAAGGCCUGCAGAUUUCACCAUCGUUCUAUAGAGCUGUCUAUGAGCAGGAGGGCUGGGACACACCACUCAACUUCAGCAAAGCACCUUUUCAGCAGGACAAAGAAAUGGAGCAGCAGGAGAGGAUGUCACUUGAGGAUAAAGUGUUCUCCGGGGACACAAGCAUGAGCAGCGCCAAGAACAAGAUGCUUAUAAGAGACACUAAGAAAGAACUGAUGAGUUGUCCAACACCAGGCUGUGAUGGGAGUGGCCAUGUGACAGGAAAUUAUGCAUCACACAGAAGUAUAUCAGGAUGCCCAUUAGCUGACAAGACCCUCAAAUCACUGAUGGCUGCCAAUGCACAGGAACUGAAGUGCCCUACUCCUGGAUGUGAUGGCUCAGGACAUGUGACAGGAAACUAUGCUUCUCAUCGGAGUUUGUCAGGAUGUCCUCGUGCCAGAAAAGGCAGCCUGAAGCUCACACCUAGCAAAGAGGAGAAGGAGGAGCCAGACAUAAAGUGUCCUGUAGUUGGUUGUGAUGGUCAGGGUCAUGUCACAGGGAAAUAUACAUCCCACCGGAGCGCCGGCAGUUGCCCCAUUGCAGCCAAGCGCCAAAAGGAGAGCACCCUAAAUGGAAUGGCCUUCUCCUGGAAGACCUGCAAGCAGGAGCUGCCCCACUGCCCACUUCCUGGCUGCAACGGCCUGGGACAUGCCAACAACGUGUUCGCCACGCACAGGAGUUUGUCAGGUUGUCCACUUAAUGCUCAAAGCAUCAAGAGGAAGCUCUCAGGGGAGGAGAUGACCAUCAAACUCAAAACCAGCAGCGGCAUUGAGGGCAGUGAGGACAUGCAGCAUUUGGAUCAUGAAAUAAAAGAGCUGAAUGAGUCCAAUCUGAAAAUAGAGGCUGACAUGAUGCAACUUCAGACUCAGAUCUCAUCCAUGGAGUGCAACCUGAAGACCAUCGAAGAGGAGAACAAGAUGAUCGAGCAGCACAACGACAGCUUGUUGAAGGAGCUGGCACGGCUCAGUCAAGCACUUAUCAACAGCCUUACUGACAUCCAGCUACCACAAAUGGGUCCAAUAAAUGAGCAGAACUUUGAAGCUUAUGUGAAGACUUUGACAGAUAUGUACAACAGUUCAGAACAUGAGUAUUCUCCAGAAUGCAAGGCCUUACUGGACAGCAUCAGACAGGCCAUUAAGGGCAUCCACGUAGAAACAGUCUACUCACCAUGAAGUACUGUACUUGCAGACAAGCAAUAUCUCUGGACAGCUGGUUUUUGUUUUGUUUGGUUUUUGGGGUAUGGCUGGCUUCAAACCAUGUGCAAGAAAGAGCUUAUAUUUAAAAAA